AUGGCGGCCACUGUUGCGCAUUCACAACAACCCCUCUCGCCUGGGGGCCCAGCAAGUAAUGGCGGCGGCGGCGGCGGCGGCGGUGGUGGUGGUGGUGCUAGUGGAGGAGGUGGUGGUCUUCAUCCCUUGAUGGCGGCCGCGGCAGCCAAUGCCGCGAAGCAGCAGCAACAGCAGUCUCAGCAAAGGAUAAAUGCCCGCGAUCAGGAGCCGUUUGAUUUAACGUCCAAGAAGCUAAGUCUGGCCGAUUUCUCAAGGGUGAGAACGUUAGGAACGGGAACAUUUGCGCGCGUAUGCCUUGUUCGGCCAUCGCACGGUACCGAAGCCGAUCGCAGCAAAGUCUACGCUCUCAAAAUUCUCCGCAAGACCGAGGUAAUAAAGCUAAAGCAAAUCGACCACGUCCGCCACGAGCGGCAAAUCCUCUCCGAUGUCUCAGGCCACCCCUUCAUCACCUCCUUCCAGGCCUCCUUCUCCGACCAUGACUUUCUGUAUAUCCUCCUCGACUACAUCCCCGGCGGCGAGCUCUUCACCUACCUCCGCAAAUACCGCCGUUUCGACGAGGACAUGGCCCGGUUUUAUGCUGCUGAAAUCGUCCUCGUGCUCGAAUACCUGCACGAACACCAAGGCGGCAUCGCCUACCGGGACAUGAAGCCGGAAAACCUCCUCCUCGACGCAGAAGGCCACAUCAAGCUCGUAGACUUUGGCUUUGCGAAACGGCUGGGCAACAACGAAAACGAUCAUCCCGAAGAGACGUACACCCUCUGCGGCACACCAGAAUACCUCGCUCCAGAAGUGAUUCACAACAAGGGGCACACCACAGCGGUAGACUGGUGGGCGUUGGGGAUUCUAAUCUACGAGUUCCUAACUGGGUACCCACCGUUCUGGCACUCGAACCCAAUCGAAAUCUACAAACAAAUUGUAGAAAAACCGGUCGUCUUCCCCCAAGACCCACCCAUCUCCCCAGAAGCAAAAGACAUCAUCCUCCAAUUCUGCACGGUUGAUCGUUCUCGAAGGUUAGGCAACAUCAGCGGCGGCGCUGCCAGGGUAAAAGCUCACCCUUUUUUCAAGGGGGUGGACUGGGAUGCGGUGCUGGCGAGGAAAUACAAGGGUCCGAUACUGCCACCGGUGAGGUACCCGGGGGAUGCGCAGUGUUUUGAUAUUUACCCGGAGGAGGAUGAUAGGAAGGAGGAGUAUACCGGUGAGAUGGCUGAGAAGUAUGACGAGUAUUUUAAGGAUUUUUAG